CCAGUCAGUGAGGGAGGUACAGGGAGAGGCAGAGAUUUUGCAACUGGAUGCUAAGGGCUGAAAGGCGCCGCCUCUGUGGACACGGCCCAGAGCAGGGAGCAGGGAAUGCCUCGCUCCAGAGUGCGCCCAGGAUGGGUGGAGAGCGCUGAAGAGCCUGCGCCCCGCUGUGAGUCUAGCUAGGUCAUGAAGUCAGCAUGGGGUCUGCAGGACCACGCCCCUGCCCAUGACUCUGAGAACUGUCUACAUUUCAUCCAGGACCUGGGGUCCCUUAUCAGGCCUUCAGGGGUGUCUCUCAGCAGAGCUCAACAGGCCCAGGCAGUGGCUGGAUGAACCACCCGUGGGUGCCUGGCUGGGCCGGUACAUUCCCGGCUCUUGACUGACAGGGAAGGAGAGACUGAGCCAAGGCAGACAGGUGUAGGUUUUUCCUCCGCUGGGAGGCCAGAGGCCCCAAAGAUGGACGAACAGGUGUUCAAAGGAGACCCAGACACCCCUCAUUCCAUCUCCUUCUCCGGGAGCGGGUUCCUGUCCUACUACCAGGCUGGGGCCGUGGAUGCUCUGCGAGAUCUGGCCCCUAGGAUGCUGGACACGGCUCAUCGCUUUGCAGGGACGUCAGCUGGCGCCGUGAUUGCAGCCUUGGUCAUCUGCGGGAUUGAGAUGGAGGAGUACCUCAGAGUGCUGAAUAUGGGUCUGGCCGAGGUGAAGAAGUUCUUCCUAGGACCUCUGUCUCCGUCCUGCAAGAUGGUACAAAUGAUGCGACAGUUUUUGUACGACGUGCUCCCCGAGGACUCCUACAAGGCCGCCACCGGGAAGCUCCACGUGAGCCUCACCCGGGUCACGGACGGAGAGAACGUCGUGGUUUCGGAGUACCGGUCCAAGGAGGAGCUCAUUGAGGCUCUGUAUUGUAGCUGCUUUGUUCCUGUCUACUGUGGCUUCAUACCCCCAACAUAUCGGGGCGAGAGAUACAUCGACGGCGGCUUCACAAGCAUGCAGCCCUGCGCCUUCUGGACAGACUCCAUCACCAUCUCCACCUUCAGCAGCCAGCAGGACAUCUGUCCGAGGGACUGCCCCGCCAUCUUCCAUGACUUCCGAAUGUUUAACUUCUCCUUCCAGUUCUCCUUGGAGAAUAUCACGCGCAUGACGCAUGCGCUGUUCCCCCCGGACCUGGUGAUCCUGCAGGAAUAUUACUACCGGGGAUACGAUGAUGCCGUCUCAUACCUGCGGAGGCUGAAUGCCGCGUACCUCGACUCUCCCAGCAAGAGAGUGAUUUUUCCGAGGGUAGAAGUAUACUGCCAGAUAGAGGUCGCCCUUGGCCAUGAGCCCCCACCUACGAGUCUGCAGAGCCUCCCAGCACAGAGAGACAGCCCUGAGGACUGCUCACAAACCCAUGUACAGGGGGCUCUCAAAGAGGACAGAAAGGACAGCCAUUCCCCAGCAACCCCAUCAGCGCAGACAUCUGAAUCUGGGUGCAAGGGGUUUGAGGAGUCACCUGUGUCCCCAACGGUCUCUUCAUCCAAGCAACCAGCUGUGUCACCGUUGGUCCAAGCCCAGCCGGGCGCAGUAGUGAGGCCCGCUGACCCCAGUGACAGUUGCCCAGUGAAUGUUCAAACUCCAAACCUGGAGCAAGGAGUGAAGGAUGACUGUCAGCCAGACUUGGCCACUGAUGACCAAAGCACAAACAGCCUGCUCCCUGCAUCACUCCCAGCUGCAGACUCACAGGAAUCAAAGGCUGGAUCCUCUGUGUCUGUUGCGUCACUCGAGUCUGCUGGACUGCUGCUCAAAUCUUCCCAGGGAGCCACAGUAGCCGGGGCAACAGCUGGACUUCCGCCCCUAAGUCCUUCAACGCCACCCGCCCAGCCACCUGUGGAAGACCUAGGCCCAGAACAACCCUCAGCUACAGGGUCUCCCGCCUCAUCACAGCUGACAGGCUCGGCAGCACCGGAUACGGGGAAGGGAGCCCCCGACAAGCCUCUACUGGUGGCCAGUCCUGCUGCAGAUUCAAACACAGCAAAAAAGAUGUUCAGGAGGAAACAGAAGGCAAAUGCCACCAGAGAGUGCUUCCAGAAAAACCCUCAGUCCAAGAAGCCAGCUAGCAAACUGCAGUCUGCACCUUGUCCACUUGACUUUUCUGUACUUCCCGAGACAGUCUGGGUCACCUACAAACCUCAUCCCAACCGGAUUCAAGAAUACAGCUACACUGAGGGCGUGAGUGGACAGAAUUCCUAGGCUGGAGCAGGAGACCCCAGUGACAUGAAGCCUGGGUCCAGCCUCCACCUGAGGUCUUUUGGGACCAGGGGAGCCCUCAGCUACCAAAUGCUACAGAAAGUCUACUCCCCCAAGGUUGGGUUUCCUGGUCUGAAGAGUCUCCUGCUUCCAGUCUUGCUGCCCUUCCACCGUUCUGCUCUGGAUGGACAGACAGACAUCAACGCAUACCACUCACCAUCCUUCCAGGAGGAGGGACACAAUUCUGCUUUUGUCCAAUCUGGGGCAAGCAUACAUCCUGACUGUACUUCCUGCCUAUGUUCCUCCCACCUACAUGUGACCGGGCACAUCCUGUACAGUUGGGGCAAGCAAGCUGUUUACAGAAGUGAAAACAGGUGGCUUGUUGUCUUACAUGAAAGAUAUCCCCCAGCAUUCCUGGAAGUUAUCUGACCUUGGGCAAGUGGGGCUUACAGGUUAAAAACAUCUUUGUUUUGUAGGUCUCUUAAGCACAGCAAUUAAAACUUAAAACGU